AUGUAUAAGCAACUAGCUCCAUAAUUGCUCAUUUAAAUAUUUGGCCAUCAAUAUUUACCAGAAUUCAUGUAAGAUAACAAUCAUGGAAAACUUUUGUGGGGAACAGUUAUCACAUUUUCAAUCAAUAGCUUGAUGCUCACAAUGCCUUUGAUAUUCUUUGGCUAUAUGUACCAGACAAAUAUACCCAUAAUUUACAAAGAACUCUAAAUCAGAAGUGAAAGAUAAAUGUCAAGUGUUAUGAAGCUAGGAACAAUAUCUGGAAUAUUAGUAUACACAACUGUAGGAAUUUUCGGUUAUCUUACUUUCUUGAAUGAUCCUCAUCAUUUAAAUACCAAAAACAUACUUGAUGCACCCUAUCACAACCUUGCCAUCUCUAUAGCAAAGUUUGGGAUAUUCGUUGUUGUAUUGUGUGCAGCUCCAAUAUGCAUCCUGCCAGCCAAAGACACAAUCGAGGAAGUUGUAUAUAAAGGCAGACAUUUAACUAAAAAAUAAAAUAUUCUCGUAACAUUCUACUUAGUGUUUGUAAGCUAUGUAUUGGCAAUGUUUAUUCCUUCUAUUGGUGAUGCAUUAACUUUAGCUGGUUGUACUAUAGGACCAUUUGUUGGGUUCAUUAUACCUAUUAUAAUGUACUGGAAGAUCUUAGAAAAUGAGAAGGAGAAAUUCUAUGAAAAAAUAUACUUAGUUAUUAUUGCUUUGGUCAUUACAACGAUAUCCAUAAUUGCCCUAAUUGUAUACAUUUAAGAAAAGACUCAUGAUUGA